AUGUCACAAAGGACCAAUUCGCUGGCGUUCGCCAAGUCAGACUGCCACACUUGCAAAGCGCUUCACAGAGUCUGUGACCGUCAGCGACCUAUUUGCACGACAUGCCAGAACGCCGGGGAUGAAUGCAAAGGGUUCCAGACGCGUUUGAUAUGGGAAGGGAGCGACUUGCCCUCCAGACGCGGCGACGACAGUAGGCGGAGGCAUGGCAUCGAAUGCCGCCCAGUGCCAUCUGAGACGGCGACGGCGACAGCGACGGAAUCAACAAAGGCCAAACGAGCUGGCCACACCAAAAUCGGCUCCCAGAGGAGCACGUCGCCUCAAAAACGGGGUCGAGAGUUCUCCUUUGUCAACUGGCCACCAAAGCGCCGGAAGAAGCACUCUAGAAAAGGCGGCGAGGAAUCUCAACAGGCACACGCCAGUCCCGUGCCAAAAGAAGAAGAUGCAUCCGAUGCUCAUGCUCCAGGAAAGACCGUCGCUGACCCAGCGUCGCAAAAGCCAGUGCCGCCGGUUCCUAACAUGAGGCAGAAGCAUCAAGACUCCCUACAUAUCUCGGCGGAUUACACGUCUAUCAUGGGCUCGGCAGAUCUACAGCUGACACCAACUGUGCAGACCAACAACAUGUUCCGCAGCCCCGUCUUCGACAAUUGGCUGCUGCCCGAUACAGCAGGAGUCGAGGAGCUGCCGCUCUUCAGCACUGAUGCCACAUUGGACGGAAUGCCAAACCAAGGGUCUGAGCAGCACCCGUCCGCAACCCUGUGGUUGAUGGACGGAGCCGAGGAAGAUGAGGACGUGGAGGGUACGGUGACGGGCUCGGGCGCGAAGAUACAAUCUGAGUGGCCGCUGAGGCCAAAUUCACCUAGCUCAAUGGCCUUGUCAAUGGCCACUCUGCACAAGGACACGUUUGAUAUCGACUCCUUCACCAUCCUAGCCUCGAUUCCACCCCGAGUACAAUAUAUCUCCACGGCCGAUCAGUUCUCCGUCCUGCUUGACAGAUAUGACCAGGAGUUUUGUACAUAUCCAGUGACGAACGACUUGGACAUCAAUCCUUUCCGCUACCGUAGAGAGACGUCUCGCGGGUCUAAACAUCUCCUGCACGCAAUCAUUGCAAUUGCAUGCCAUCACCAGAAUUCGUAUUCCAUCAACAGCAGUCCGCCCGCAGAGUUCUACCAGCAUAAAAACCAGGCGGCUGCCUUGUACAAAGCAGCGGUUGAGAAUCCGGAAAUCCAAGCCCAGGGUCUGGAAGCGCUAGACACCUUGUUGGCUCUAUGGUGCAUCGAUACUGUGGAAUCGGCUCUGAAUCCAUGGAGAGCUCAUCUUUCGCACGCAUACUCUCUCCUCGAGCUCGCGGGCGGUAUCGAUGUAUGGUCGCUGUCCUUUAGGUGGGACGCCGUGGUGGCCUUGUUGUCUCGUCGCCCAUGCGUGAUGCCAUAUACGUACUUUGAAGCCGUUCUUCAAUGGGAAGUGUCGCAGUUCUGGACCUUUUUUGAACUGAUCGGCUGUCCGCGCGAGCUGCUCGUGCCUCUGAUGCAGCUUGCCCAUCUUGCCGGCCAAUCCAAAACCAAAGGCAGCAUGGGCAAGGCCAUGAAAGCGAUUGUCACCGAGAUCGAGGGCAAUCUGCGCAGUUACCAGCCUCCCGACAACGAGGCGGUCUACGACCUCGAGCUUGAAGACGAUGAGAGUCUGCAGCAGGCUAGGGAUCAGUAUCACAGCUGCGAGGCGAUACGAUAUUCGCUACUCAUCUACGCUCUGCAAGUAUUUCAGGACGAUGAAGGAGAAACGACACGGGCUUCUGUGAGCACGAAGCUGAGAUAUCUGAGUCGGGUGGCUCUGGACCAUGUGUGCUCGAUUCGGCCAUCUUCGCCGACACAGAAGCAGCUGCUAUUACCCAUCUUCCUCGCUGGAGCUCAGACGACUUUCGACCGACACAAAAAUUUCAUUCGAGAAUAUUGCAGACAGUGGUUCGAGACUUUUGGGUACCACAUGUUUACCAGCGUCAUCGGCAUCUUGGAAGAGGUUUGGGCAGGGCAAGAUGAGGCUGAUCGAGGGCCAUGGUGGGGUGAAGUGGUCGAUAGAUGGCGGCAAGCAGGCCAUGGGGACGUUGACUUUUGUUUCGGGUAG